AUGCAUAACCCGCUUAAAAAACUAUCUCGCUCGAUUUCACACAAACUUCUCGGCAAACGGUGAGCCAUUUUGUGUACUCGUGUUCAACGACUGACUCAUGCAUUUUAGAGCCAACGACUCAUCGUCCGAAAGUUUUUCGUCCGCUUCGUCGACGACCUCUUCAACGGCCACUACACCUCAGCAGAAUUCCAUUGAUGAGGAUCCAUACAGAGUGCGUCCGGAAUCACUUGAACUCUGAAAGACUGCUUGUGUUUCAGGAAAUCCUCCGUUCGUAUGAAGACAACGUCUCCCAUCUGGUAUAUCAUGGAUCAUCGCUCCGUUCGAUGACGUCGCUGGAUCUUCGGAAAAGUCCGAAGAGGUCCAUAGACGACCUGCCACAGUUGCUUCGAACCGGAACGUCACUUUCAGUUGAACUCUUUUCCGCGGAUAACUUAUUCCUUGUGCAUACUCCCUACGGUUUUCUACAUUUCUUCCUGUUGACAAGUUCCGGUUUGAAGGAAUGACUGACCUGCCCCUUUUGGCAUAUGCACUUCUUCUUCUUCUUCUUUGACUUUUUCGGUUUACUGUGUAUAUUUGCAAUCGAAUAAAUGUAUUUGUUCUAGUCAUCCGUACUCUAUCAGUUCCACUUCCUUCCUUCUCUUUCUUCCCCAAAAGUGAGCCGCCUUCCGUCCUCUGCGUCUCUUCCGUUUGUGUCUUCUCUCGCCGUUAACUAGUUGGUUACCAAUUAUGCGCAACACGUAAACCACUCAAUUGCCACUUACAAAAACCAUCGAAACCAUCUUGAAUCAAUUAGCUUUUCGGAUGUCCACCUUCACGACAAAAACACAAUACCAAAGCGGCCGAUUGUCAUUCCGAUGAACCGACUUUGCCUGACGACGCUCUUUGUUUCCGCGUCUGUUCUUGCUCAAGGUAACCACUUUGUUCUUCGUUCCUUCAAUUCUUAGUUUCCUUCAGAUCCUCUUAGAAAAGUCAGCGGAGAUGCAGCUCCGGACAAGGCACAAGAGCCGAUUGACAUUGGUUUGGAGCACUGAAUUUCCCACUAAUCUGUAUAGUAUCUCAGACGAUUUUAUCCCGACAAUCGACUCUUCUGUUCGUUUUGAUGCCUUGAUUCCGGAGCCUCCAGCGCUGGUCGUCAGUCUUCCGAUGCCUCCCGCGAGCCAAGACGUCCCCCAACCUCCGGCCAGCAAUCCGGUGGCUCCACCUUCUUCUCAAGUCUCUCCGCCGUCUGUUAGGCCUGCGCACGGUUUGCCAACUACUUCCACACCUCUCCCAACUACAUCAAAUGACAAUCAGACAACAAUAACAACGAUACCAUAUGAUGGUUUUCAAUUUCAGUAAGAACUGCAAAAAAAAACAAUUAGCUUAUGAUUUUUUUAAAUUAACUUUAAGGUCGAUAUCGACGAUAUUCUACCCGAACCAAUUGACGACCUUGAAGAGUUUCAGAAGGCAGAUCUUCUAGAAAUAGAAAAGAAGGCCGAGGUGAAGGAUCUCGUGAGGAAGACGACAUUGAACAGAACGGAUGACUACUACAUCACGUCGCCAGCCAGUCCGUGCCUCUUUUGUUUUUCUGUUCACUCUGAUUUUCAGCGACUGUGACGUCUGAACUACAGAGUGACACUGUCGGGGAAAGCGAUGUUUCCGACUUUGACAAGCUACUCGACAAAAAAAUGACAACAAAGGAGGAAAGUGCAACGACAGUGCAAGAGGAAUUGACUACAGAAUCCAGCACGGAGAGAAGUUUGUGUGGGAGAGUGUUCUCGCGUGAAGACGUACUUUGUAGGCACGACGACUCCAUCGACCACAUCUCCGACAACGACGACGUCUGUGUCCACGACUACGGAAAUAUUGAAGAAGACGUGCAUAGACGUGAAAGAGCUGAAGAAGGUGGAUGAUUCAGUGAAGGGUACGAAUUGAUGUGUGAUCGUACUGCGAGUUGGUUGUUACAGCUGGAACAAGGACAGGGACAAUAGAAGUUUCCGUGGAAGUUGGCGAAGAUUCAGAGGAAGAUGACGAUGCGUCGGAAGAGGAAGAGACAGCAGCGCCGGUGAGAAAUGCGAGGGAAAACAAACAGAGUGUAGUUUGUAAGUAGCACAUUCUCGUUAUCUUGCUGCACUCGCUCAUUAAUUACAGGGAAGAAGUUCGAGAUGAACUGCGACGAGGAGGAAGAUGAGAAGGGCACUAUUUGCAAGGCAUCCUCCCGUUCCCUUCCACUGUGCAUCACAUUUCUCUUUUCAGCUGUGGGCAGCCGGUGGUCUCUGCGGAACACACAAGCCGACCAUGUUCCUAUUCUGCCGAAAGACGUGCCUGUGUGUGGGACCGAACUGA